AUGGAGGUGGCGCUGGGCACCGCGGGGUGGGUGGUGGGCAAGCUGGUGGACCUGCUGUCCGCCGAGCUGCUCAAGGCGCUAGACGAGAGCUACAACCUGGGCGGCAACGCGAGCGCCAUCAAGGCGCAGGGCCGGAACGUCGCCCACAGCCCGGCGCUGGCGGAGCUCCUGCGGCAGCUCAGCCACCUCGCCGAGGACGCCGACAACGUCCUCGACAAGGUCGACUACUACCGCAUCCGCGACCACGUCAAACGCACCCACGAGGCGGUCGACGACGACCAGGUCGUCGACGGGCGCCUCGUCCGUCGUUCCAUCCUCCACGCCCGCCACGCCGUCGGUAAAUGCCGUCGCUCUCUGGCCUCUUCGCUGUCCUGCCGUGGCCGUGCCGCGGUUGAUGUGGAGUUCUUCAAUAGAUCCAUCGUGUCCGAGAGAAUCAAGUCGCUCAUGGCGCAGAUGCAGCCUCUGUGCGCCAAGAUCUCCGACUUCCUUAAGCUAGAGCUCAUGGACCCCCGCACCACUGCAGCCAACACCACAGCCGCAGCUGCUUUCAGUGAGCGUGUCACCACAACCACCUCAACCAGCCUAGAGGCAAAGCUCUACGGGAGGUACGCCGAGUUCUAUGCCGCCAUCAAUGAGAUAACCGGUGACCGCGACGGCCUCGCCGUUCUCCCGGUAGUAGGGCCAGGGGGGAUCGGCAAGACAACCUUCACCCAGCACCUGUUCCACGACCAAAGGGUGAAGAAGCACUUCCACGUUAGGAUCUGGGUACAUGUUUCUCUCCGUUUCGACGUGCUUCGCCUCACCAAGGAGAUCUUCAACAACAUGGUCGCCAGUGAGGUGAGCUGGAGACGAAGAUGGGGCAAUGAAAGGGAGCCACACAACCUUGAACAACUCCAGACGCUGGUGGAGCGAAGGCUGCAAUCCAGGAGGUUCUUGCUCAUCUUGGAUGAUAUGUGGCCAUGUGACAGCGAGUACAAGUGGGACAAGUUCUUGGCCCCGUUCAGGAAGACAAGUGCCAAGGGUAGCACGGUCAUAGUAACAACUCGAUCUGAAGAAACUGCAGACAUGGUUAAAUCUGAAACCAACUUGCUCAUACGUCUAGGUGGCCUUGACAGUCGGCCGAUCUGGGCCUUCUUCUUAGCAUGCGCACUUGGUGAUGAGAGAGCAGAGCACCACAAGGAAUUGCUUGAUUUAGGAAGGGAGAUUGUGAAGAAGCUCAAGUUCUCCCCACUCGCUGCAAAAACAGUGGGUCGGUUACUGAAGAAGAAUCUUACUAGGCGACACUGGAGUAGAGUUCUUGACAGCAAAGAAUGGGAGCAUGCAGAUAGCGUCAACGAUAUUAUGCCAGCUCUGAAACUUAGCUAUGACUGUCUCCCAUUUCAUCUACAAAAAUGCUUCACAUACUGCGCCCUUUUCCCUGACGAUUACCAGUACCAAGAUUCAGAGUUGACUCACCUGUGGUCGGCACUUGGUGUUAUAAACUGCAGUGGUCAGGAUGAUAGAAUCCAAGAUAUAGGGCUGAAAUACAUUAACGGAUUGGUAAAUAAUGGGAUUUUUCAGAAAGUUGAUGGGGAGUUGAGCAAGUUCCAAGUUAAUAGGGAAGAGCGUGCUGGAUUUGAGCUUCAACAGUUGGGGGAAUUGAGAGAUCUUGGAGGAGCACUCACCAUCUCCAAUCUACAUAAAGUCAAAACAAGGACAGAAGCUGAGAAAGCAAAGCUCACGCUGAAAAGGAAUCUAGUCAGAUUAAAACUAGUCUGGGAUGAGACUGGUAGGGAACAAACUGAGGAAGAAGCAAAUAGCAUAGAGGGUCUCCAACCACCAGCAAAUCUCAGGGAGUUGUGCAUUAAGAAUCAUAAGGGUAACAGUUGUCCUUCUUGGUUUGACAGCACCAUCUCCUUAAAAAGGAUAGAGGUUCUCCACUUACAUGGUGUGUCCUGGAACACACUUCCCCCUUUUGGACAAAUUCCUUACCUCCAGAAACUUAAGCUGGAGAAUAUUGCAAUAGAAAAGUUCGAAGUAAGGUAUGAAAGCUUAGAGACUCUGAAGAGUAUUGAAUUCAAUGGUAUGCUGAGCAUGGUAGAAUGGAUGCACAAGAGAGGCACAUUUUCCGACCUGACUUGCAGAUUCUUCGGGUCAUUGGUUGGAGGACAUCUCAGGCUUCUCCUGUAG